CUCGCGACUGCAAUACACUCAGAAUAUCCAAUUUGAGCCCUAGAUAUUCCAAUGUCAAGCGCUAGAGGUCAAUACCGCCGUGCCUCUCUCGAGGAUGACGAUCUAAUUGAUCCGGAUGAUGCGGAUCUCAACGACUUCGACGACCCUCUAGCUCCGGAGUCAUCUAGGCAGCCUUUAACAAACACCAUUGCAUCUGGAGCGUCGGCAUCGGGACGGCUGGACGAGGGCUAUCUCACUUCUCGCAUUCCUGGAGAUGAUCGGAGAGCGCCUCAGAACACUAUCGAUGAAACCGUGUGGGAAACACUGCGACGUGAUCUGCUAGCUGUGUGGGCCAAGCUCAAGGAGGUCUUAUACCCGCGAUACCUUUUUGGCGGUACCAUGUUCGACUCAGAGGGCGGUCUCCGUGGUGCAUAUUCCAACAUACGCGGCGCUGGCUUGACUGGCACAAGAGAAGAGCUCACUGGACUGGCCAGUCGGGUGAUGGAUGCCGAAGCUCUAUUGCAGAGUAACAUGAGCCCAGGACUCAGAGACUGGGAUCUAUGGGGCCCAUUGAUUUUCUGCUUGCUGCUCAGCGUACUGCUUAGCUUUACGGCGCGAUCCGACCAGAGAGACGCUGUCUUUAGCGGCGUUUUCGCAACCAUAUGGCUUGGCGAGGCGAUUGUCACUCUUCAGAUCAAACUUUUGGGAGGAAAUAUCUCUUUUGCCCAGAGCAUUUGCAUUAUUGGGUACACGUUAUUUCCUCUAGUAAUUGCUGCCCUCUUGUCAGCUCUGAAGCUUCAUUGGAUUGCGCGGAUACCUGUCUAUGUCGUUCUUAUUGCGUGGUCCAUCGCUGCUGGCGUCAGCAUUCUUGGCGGUAGCGGAGUGGUCAAGAAUCGGGUGGCCAUUGCUGUCUAUCCCCUCUUUGUGUUUUAUCUAGGGCUAGGGUGUCUAUGCUUCAUUAGCUAAAAGUUGUGCGGCAGCUUGAUGAAGGGCUAGGUCUUGCUUUUAAAAUGCGAGAGCCAUGUGAGUUGAAAAGGAAGAAUGCUUUUCAAGAAGAAUGGAGCCCAUAAUGGUACCGGCAAGCAUUAUUAUCUGCAUUAUAUAUUACAUCAUUUCAGACUCUAUGUUGGAUCAAAGAUAUACCGUCAACAUUGACAAGGCCAAGUCUAUAGCGCGAUUCAAGAUUAUGUCCAGAAAGCGUUUAUUGUCUUUG